AUGAAUGGUAUCAUCGAGUACGAUCAAACAGUAACUUCACUUCCUAGAUUUUUAUUGAUUCGCCAGCUUUCACCGACGAAGAGUUAUUGGAACAUAAUUUUCAUUUUUACCUUCAUUUAUUAUAUUUCAAUGACAAUACUGCUUUUGUACCUAUGGCCGCCAAAGACCAUAGACAUAUAUUCUAUCGGGCAAAUGUAUAUUCGGAUUGAGUUCGUCGUGGACGUUACAGUAAUGUUUUCCUCAUAUUUUUUCCUACAACAAUUGGAGCUUAGAUUUCAAACGUUAAAUGACUCUUGGGAAUAUCUUCUACCUGGAUUUCUAGCCACUCCUGGUGAUUUGACACAAUUCAUAACUGGACUGACGCUGGAUAAGAUACGGUUGCUACACUCUGAACUAUCUGACCUCUUGAGACUAUUCAGUGUGGGUUACGGAAGAAUACUAAUAUGUUUCUUUGUAUUCAGUUAUAUUAACAUCCUGAUUUGUUUUUAUUAUAUUUUUCUGAGCCCUACAAAUGAUUUAAUAAAUAAUGAAUUCAAUUUCAACAAUCUCAUAAUAAAAUGUAUUCCAUACAUUUUCAGCCUGCAAAAUGUCAUAUUCAUUUUAUCUGUUAUUAUUGCUGCUUCGAGAGUACACGAAAAGAAACGGAAGAUAAUUUCUAAUUUGCGAUUGAUAAGGAUUUCCAAUUUAAUACCAAACCUAAAGAUCCAAGUUAAAUUCUUUAUGAACCAAAUAUCAGUUUUUGAAUCGAGUGAAAUCACGGCUUUUGGCAUUUUCAAUAUAAAUUUAAAUCUUGUUAUGUCGUUGCUAAUAUUACUUGUUACUGGUUUAGUAACAUUAAUACAAAUGAAGGAACAUCCAGUUAUGUCGAAAUGGAAUGAAAAUGGAAUGAAGUUUCUGAAAAAUUUGACAAAUGUUAAAUAA